AUGUCACCUUUGUCCCAAGGCGGUAUCCCAACAUCCACCAGCGGCUGGACCCUCGUCGGCACCGCUCCAGACGACGGCUCCGGCGCUCUAGUCUGGAACGAUGAGCUCGGGCUCCCCGAGCUGGGCCCAACUGAUGUUCUGGUCAAGCUGCACGCCUGGGCUCUGAACUACCCCGACAUCUCAAGCAAGCAUCCCCCAUCCACUCACCGUCCAAACCCCAUACUGACUUACCUUACCGCAGUCGCCAACGGCACCUUCCCCUGGUCCCCGGCAGACCACGGCAAAGGCUCUCUGAUCCCGGGCUCCGACGGCGCAGGCGAAGUCCUAGCAGUCGGCUCCCACGUCACGCGCUUCAAGCCCACCGACCGCGUAAUCGUAGUAUACUAUCCGAACUUCCCCGACGGCGGGGCGCCCACCUACGCACAGAUGGCCGGGAGUCCCGGCAGCAACAAGGACAGCCCCGGGACGUUCCGGCACCACGGGAUCUUCACCGAGCACGGUGGGCUAAUCCGUAUGCCCGCGAACCUGAGUUAUAGCGAGGCAGUAACGCUGCCUUGCUCUGCGCUGACGGCGUGGAAUGCGCUCCAUGGGCUGAGGGCGCUAAAGGCUGGGGAGUAUGUUCUGGCGCAGGGGACGGGCGGUGUUUCGCUGUUUGCGAUUCUGUUCGCGCUGAAGGCUGGGGCGGUUGUGAUUGCGACUACGUCUUCUGAGGAGAAGGCUCGCAGGCUCAGGGGGAUGGGGGUGCAGCAUGUUCUGAAUUACCGGGAGGAUCCGAACUGGGGAGAGACCGCGCGGAAGUUGACGCGGGACGGACUGGGCUGUCAGCGGGUGAUUGAGGUUGGCGGGGCGCAGACGAUCAAGCAGUCGUUCCAAUGUGUUGCGAGGGACGGGGAGAUUGAUGUGAUUGGGUUUUUGACGGGGCAGGGGCAUGCCGAGGAUGGGCCCACGUUCCUGGAGCCGCUGCUGCGGGCCUGCACGGUGAGGGGCAUUGAGGUGGGCAACUGGAUUCAGUUUCAGGAGAUGAAUCGCGCGAUUGAGGCGUAUGAUGUCCGGCCGGUGGUCGAUGGGGGGGUAUUUGGGUUUGGGGAGUUGAAGGAGGCGUAUCAGUAUGUUUGGGGCCAGAAGCAUUUUGGCAAGGUGGUGCUCUCGGAUGGGCAACAGUAA